AUGCAGCAGCAAAGGUUCAUAGAAAAUCAAGCGCAGCAGCAAGCAAUGUUAGCACAGAACGCUUUUCAGCAACAGUUACAGGAGAGCCAAAGUUUGAUCGAUCAGCGCAAAAGGCAGGAGCAACAAGCUCAGCAGGAAAGGUUACGUCAGCAAGCAUUCCUCGAUGCGGUCGCUGAGCAGGAAAGAAAGUCUUAUCUAGAGAAAAAGAGACGCGAGCAGAAUCGUCGACGACGUUUUCCGGACGGUUUAAGCCAUCAGGAGCGGAUUAGAAACGAAAUGGUAGCGAGGGAAAAGCAACGGGAGCUAGCGCACCAGCAAGCACUCCUAAACGGGGCACGAAACCAGCAGGGGUUUGAACAGCCUAACUCUUCCAAGUACGUGCUGAGUGAACAAUCGUCUGGUCGGGUGGGAAAAAUAGAAGUCAGUAGCACCUCUGCUUCGAGCAUCAGUACCUCAUCGAACGCAAAUUUGGGAAUAUCGACUGUUCAACCUCAACAACAACAACAAUUUCAACAACCUCAAAUAAACCGCUUCGCACUGGCACAGCAAGUACAACAAGUUGCACCAAAUCAAUUACAACGGCUUCAAUUGACCAACUCGUACCAGCAAGCUCAGUCGCAGUACGAACGUGAGCUAGCACAAUACAGACAGCUUUUACAGGCGUACCAACAACAAACGGCAGCUGUACAGCCGCAAAUACAGCCACGCGUCUACCAGCAGCCACAACUUGCAGCGCAACAACCCGUGCAACAGCAACAGUAUUAUCAACCAGUUCAACAACAACCAUACUACCAGCCUUACACUCCCUACCAGCAGAGGAACUAUUAUAAUAGCAUGUCGUUUGCAACAACACGUCCCACGUCAUCAAGCUCGAGUCUUUUAGAUGGUAUUGCAAGAGGAUUGCGGAGUUUUACGAACGGUUUAAGCCAAGGUUUCGGAGUUUUAGGAUGA